GUCGAUGAACUUCAAGAGAAGCUUUUGAAUGAAACGGAGAAGUCAGAAGAGAAACAGGCUGAGAUUAGCCGUCUCAUGGUGGAAGUAGAACGUCUGCAGUCCAUGCUAGCGUCUCGAACGGAAAUCCAAGAAGCAGAACAUCAUCGGAGUGAAAACGAGAUGGAAACGCUGUGUGAGGAACAGCAGCGCAUCCAGGAUGACUUGAACAGCGCCGAAAAUGAAAAGAUUCGCCUUGAAGAACAGUUGAUGGCGAGCAAGAUAUUGUGCGACGACUUGAAAACAGAACUACAGCUGCAGAAAGCGAACAGCACGGAACUCACAGAGAAGUAUGGAGAAGUGAAGAAGAGGUGUGAGGAUGUGGAAGCUCUGUUGUUGACGGUUGAAGCCGAGCGUGAUUCCUUGUCUGAACGUCUUGCAAUGGUCAAAUCUCAAUUGGAAACACUGAUGAAACAGAUCGAUGAGAAGAAUGCGGAGGAGAAGAAAGCCGAUGAAAGACUACUGAAUGAGCUGCAAGAGCUGAAAGCUCAGAAACGUCAUCUCGAAGAGGAUUUGAACAAAAUGCGUCAGGAACUCGAAGAGAAGAAUGUGCAGAAUAGUCUCCUCAAAGAUAGCGAAGCACGUCUGCUCGAUUCAGUAGACGAGUACGGUGCGCAGGCUGAGAGAUAUCAGCAAGAAUCAGAAAGACUGCAAAAAGUUGUGGAUGUGAUGGAAAAAGAAAGAACAGCGCUAGAAGAAGAGAUAGAAGAAGUGAAAAAGAGCGAGAAAGAACAUGAGCAGGAAUAUAAGCAGGCUAGGGAAAAGUUGUUAGUCGUGGAAAGAGAGCGCGAAGCUCUUAAAGCGAAGAUCUCUCAAGAAAGCAAAGCUCAUCCGUCAUCGUCAGUGGACACACGAGAGUACAAGAAUAUCGUCAGUCAAUUGGAGAUGGUCACAGCUGAGCGGAAUGAAUUACGUAGCCGAUUGGAUAACACCGAGUCUAGGCUCAAUGUAUCCUUACAAGUCAGUCAUUGA